AAACAAAAAGGAAAAGAUUCUCUACCAUCUCCUCUUAGAUACCUCGGUGACUAUUGGUCAGACCAGCGCCUUUCUGUUUUAUUGUGAAAGUCUUGGCCGGAUGUUGCCCGUGUUUCCUGCGUGCAGCUCGACGCAGCGGCUGAACCCGAGCCGUCGCUCCCACAGCAGAGGGAGGGAGGGGAUGGGGCAGGCUGCUAACCGGGCUGUAACGGGGAUAAGCUGCAGCCUCCGUCUCUCCGAUGCUCUGAUGGAGUGAACCGACCAGCGAUGCGCCUUUAUGUCCGUUCUCUGUCGAUCAUGGAGAGGGUUCGUCUCUCAUCUCAGUGAAGGACUGGCCCGGGGGUCAGAGGUCGUCCACCGAUCCUUCGCUUCUCCCUCUUGCCCCUGCACCCCACCCCACCCCCUCCACCUCAGCCCCCACCCUCCCCACGUCACCUGUCACUGUUUCCCCCAAACCACUGGAACUUGUUUCCCCACUUUUCUCUCACUCACGAACUCACAGAGCUGCCCUGUCUGUUCACCUCCCCACCGCCAGCACUUCCUUCUUGCCUGCCAGCCACACCCAAUCAGCUUGAGAGAAGAGACUAACGAAGUCACUGUUUGAUGACGAGUCAGUCGUCCACUAGACCCUGAGCUCAGGUGUCCUAGACAGCUUCUCAGAUAAAACCUCUCACAUCCAGGCCUCAAGAUGAUGUGCGAGGUGAUGCCCACCAUCUCGGAGGACGGGCGCAGCGGAGGUGGAGGAGGAGGCUCGUCUUCCCCGGCGGGGGGCGGAGGAGGCAUGGGCGGAGGGAUGGGAGGCAUGGGGGGCUACGGCGGCCGGGAUCCCCGGGGCGGCAGCGACGAAGGGGGCAGCACGGGCAACCUGGAGUCGCUGAUGGUGAACAUGCUGACGGAGAGGGAGAGGCUGCUGGAGAGCCUGAGGGAGACGCAGGACAGUCUGGGGACGGCGCACCUCCGCCUGCGGGAGCUGGGCCACGAGAAGGAGUCGCUCCAGAGGCAGCUGUCCAUCGCCCUGCCACAGGAGUUUGCAGUGCUGACCAAAGAGCUGAACCUCUGCCGGGAACAGCUGCUGGAGAGAGAGGAGGAGAUAGCCGAGCUGAAGGCAGAGAGGAACAACACGCGACUGCUGCUCGAACAUCUGGAGUGCCUGGUGUCCCGUCACGAGCGCAGCCUGAGGAUGACCGUGGUGAAGAGGCAGGCCCAAUCCCCAGCCGGGGUGUCUAGCGAGGUGGAGGUCCUGAAGGCUCUCAAGUCCCUGUUUGAGCACCACAAAGCGCUGGAUGAGAAGGUGAGGGAAAGACUACGGGUGGCCCUGGAGCGAGUGGCGUCCCUGGAGGAAGAGCUGCAGUCCUCCUCUCAAGAAGUUGUGUCUUUAAGGGAGCAAAUCAAGCGACGACAGCAAGGACUGGACAAUGGCAAAGAGCGGCUUCCCAACGGACCGUCCUCCAUCUUGAGUGACGCAGACAUCGACAGGCAGAGAGAGGGCGAGAUAGAGCGACAGAGGUCGGAGCUGGGACAGCUGAAAGAGAGACUGGCCCUCAUGUGCAGACAGGUCGGGGAGAUCGAGGAGCAGCUGACGUCCGCCCGGAGGGAACUGGCCAGAUCGGAGGAGGCCAACCAGAAACUACAGAGGGACGUGAAAGAGGCACUCUGUCAAAGGGAAGACAUGGAAGAGAGAAUCACCACGUUAGAACGCAGGUACCUGAGUGCCCAGAGGGAGGCGACGUCUCUCCACGACAUAAAAGAUAAACUGGAGAACGAGUUGGCCAGCAAAGAGUCUCUGUACAGACAGAGCGAGGAGAAGAACCGGCAGCUCCAGGAGCGUCUGGAUGAUGCCAAACAGAAGCUGCAGCAAACUCUGCAGAGGGCUGAGACGCUGCCUGAGAUCGAGGCCCAGCUCGCCCAGAGAGUGGCAGCACUCAACAAGGCGGAGGAGCGUCAUGGUAACUUUGAGGAGCGACUGCGACAGAUGGAGGCGCAACUGGAGGAGAAGAACCAGGAGCUACAGAGGGCGAGGCAGAGGGAGAGGAUGAACGAUGAACACAACAAGCGUCUCUCCGACACGGUGGACAAGCUGCUGUCUGAGUCCAACGAGAGGCUGCAGCUCCACCUGAAGGAGCGAAUGGCCGCCCUGGAAGAAAAGAAUGCCCUGUCUGAGGAACUCUCCAACAUGAAGAAACUCCAGGACGAUCUGCUGGCGAACAAGGACCAGCUGAUAGCGGAGCUGGAAAGGCUUCAGCUGGAGUUAGAUCAGCUGAGGGCGAGGCCCGGCGGCUCUUAUUCCAGUCGCUCUUUGCCAGGUAGUGCUCUUGAACUGAGGUAUUCCCAUGGAGGCGGGUCCCUCCCAGCAGGCUCCAGCACUCACCUGGAUCCCUUUGGCAGUGCCCCCACUGGGGGCGUGGUCAGGCGGAGUCACAGGGCUCGUUGGAGCUCCGCCCGAGAGGAUUCCACCAAGUACCCAGACUGGGAGAGCGGAGCUCUGCUGGGGAGCGGGUUUGAACCGGGCUUGGAUGUGGGCUGCUCCGACGAUGAGGACGACGGGGAGCCUCGUUUUGGCUCCGAGCUGCUGUCGCCCAGCGGACAGACGGACGUGCAGACCCUGGCCAUCAUGCUGCAGGAACAGCUGGAGGCCAUCAAUAAGGAGAUCAAACUGAUCCAGGAGGAGAAGGAGAACACCGAGUUGCGGGCCGAAGAGAUCGAGAGCCGGGUCAGCGUGGCUUUGGACAGCCCGCCCAUCCCUCCAUCCUCCCUGGGGAGAGACGGCACAGGACGAGGCUUCAUCCCCUCGUCCAUCACAUCCUCCACCCUGGCCUCCCCUUCUCCACCCAGCUCUGGACACUCCACCCCUCGCCUGCCUCACUCCCCAGCCCGUGAGACUGAUAGACAGAACAACAAAGAUGAUGAUCGCGCCCUCGCUCUUCUUGACUCUACGCCUCCUUCCACUCCUCGUGCCCUGCGAUUGGACAGGAUGACGCUUACCCAUCCUGGUGCAAUGCUAGAUGACCCCCGGGAGUUUCGCAGUCUCUCGGCAGAUGGCAGCAGUUCCAACAGCAGCCAAGAUUCUCUCCACAAGUCCAGUAAGAAGAAAAGCAUAAAGUCUUCCAUCGGUCGGCUUUUUGGAAAGAGGGACAAAGUAAGGAUGGGCCAACCUGGGCGGGAUGGAUCUGCAUCUCUCGCAUCUACACCCUCUGAAGAUCUAGCCUCUGGAGACCCAAUGGCAAUGAACAAGACUGGGACUCUGGGUCCAGCAGAUAAAGACCGUCGUAGCAAGAAGAAACACGAGCUUCUGGAAGAAGCAUGUCGCCAAGGACUUCCCUUCGCAUCUUGGGACGGACCCACUGUUGUAUCUUGGUUGGAGCUGUGGGUGGGAAUGCCCGCCUGGUACGUCGCAGCCUGUCGUGCCAACGUGAAAAGCGGCGCCAUCAUGGCCAACCUGUCGGACACAGAGAUCCAGAGGGAGAUCGGCAUCAGUAACCCGCUUCACCGCCUCAAGCUGCGACUGGCCAUCCAGGAGAUGGUGUCCCUCACCAGCCCGUCUGCCCCGGCCAGCACUCGCUCUUCAACCAGUAACGUGUGGAUGACCCACGCAGAGAUGGAGUCCCUGAACGCUGCCACCAAGCCUCCGGAGCUGAAAGAGUUCAGUUGGGAUCAGAUACUGGCCUAUGGCGAUAUGAAUCACGAGUGGGUGGGCAACGACUGGCUGCCCAGCCUGGGCCUGCCGCAGUAUCGCAGCUAUUUCAUGGAGUCCCUGGUGGAUGCCCGCAUGUUGGACCACCUGACCAAGAAGGAGCUGAGAGGACAACUCAAAAUGGUGGACAGCUUCCACAGGGUCAGUUUGCAUUACGGCAUCAUGUGCCUGAAGCGUCUGAAUUACGAUCGCAAGGAGCUGGAGAGGAGGAGAGAGGAGAGCGCCCACCAGAACAAAGAUGUGAUGGUGUGGUCCAAUGAGCGUGUGAUGUGCUGGGUGCAGACUCUCGGGCUGAAGGAGUACGCCGACAACCUCCGUGAGAGCGGCGUCCACGGGGCCUUGCUGGCUUUAGACGACACCUUUGACUACACUGACCUGGCCCUGCUGCUGCAGAUCCCCAAUCAGAACACACAGGCCAGGCAGCUCCUGGAGCAAGAGUACAACUCGCUCAUCACCUUGGGAACCGAGAGACGACCUGAUGAGGAUGGAACUAAGACGUUCACACGCUCGCCCUCCUGGAGGAAGAUGUUUAGGGAGAAGGACCUCCGAGGUGUGACCUCUGACUCCGCCGAGACCCUGCCUGCUAACUUCCGUGCCUCAGCCAUCUCCACGCCCUCCGUUACCCUGAGAAAGGUUCAGAGUGAUGCUAGCUCUGGUGCCCGGGGUGAAUCUGCCUCAGUGAGGACGUACUCCUGUUGAGGGGCUGAGGGCGCUGGCUGGACUGGGACUAGAAGACCCUCUUGCUCAUCCACGGAGAAAGAAGCAAUGAGUAUAACCAUUUAACUUCAAAAUAAAUCGGUCUGACCAUUCUGCAAUAACAGAAGCAAAGGAAUGAAAGGGGGAGAGUGACAUGAAGAAUGUAUGAAUGUAUUUCCUGACCAGACGAAGAAGGUUGAACGGGAUCAGCUGUUUUCUCUCUCUCUGUCUCUCUUCCUGUCAUUCUGUCUUUGCUCUUUCCCUCGAUGUGACUGUGCAGCGGGGUUAACGAAGGCCAGCGCCGGUGUCGUUAGGUUUGCGCUGGUCGUGCAGGUUUCCCCUCUCUUCAUUGCUGUUGGAGUCUGCACACAGUCAGCAGAGUUAGGGCAAUAUCAGGGCUCAUUUUCCUACCUUCAGAGGAAACCACUUGCUGCCAUUUAUUCUCUUACAGUUUGAAAACAGCUCAACGUGUCGCCUUAUAACCUCUGCUCAGCAACAGGGCAGGAGUUAACCUCACCAUAAAGAUUUUAAAAAACGAGCAGAGUGACUGGAAGGGUGUCACAAUGACUGGGGGAUGUGGCUGGAUGGGGUUAUAACCCUAAACAACACCGCUGUUCUCCUGCCUACUCACGAGUCAGCUGGUGUCCAGUGUCAGCCAUUGUGGCUCUAUAGUUGGCAUCUAUAGUCCCAUCAGGGGCGUCUAAGUGUCCCCAAUUGGUCGUGCAGUAAAACACGUCCGAUUUCAGAACACCGUUUAGCUCCGGCCACAUCAGAGGGACCCUCCUCAGGCUUUGUCUAUUGGCACCUUGAAAGCUGAUAGGCUGAGUAAUCUCUUUUGAAGGGAGCCCAUUACAGAGAUCAAAGGCUCAGAGGUGGAGGGGACGGGGUGGAGCGAGGCCACAGAGUGUUCAGAUGUCGAUGGCAGGAAGUCCAUACAGUUAGUGCUGGUACCACCGUCUGAACAGGCGUACUUUACAAGGAGCUGAUAAAGGGCCACUCUGUAGAUUUUUCACAUGAAAUUCAGUUUACUCAUCGGGCGGAGGAGGAGCCCUACUCCUGUGUGGUGCUGGACGAGAUUGACCCUCAUGAUGCCAUAGUGGUAUCACCCGGCAAAGUCUUUCAGAUGGGGGUUGAAAGAGGUGGCCAUUUAGAAAACAAGACUCUUCUGAGUUGCAUUGUGGGAAAAGUAUGACCCAGUGUUUCAUCCACACCAAGGCAAAGCAGUCAGGAUGUCUGAGCCUCUGAUGGUUUUAUCGUGUUUUUAAAAAAUCUGCCUCUUCUGAGUCCCCCAACUUUUUCAAAAUGCUAAUGCACUUGUGCACCCACAUACUAAAUUGCGCCUUCAGAUCAGUACAAUUCAAUUCAAUUCAGUUUAUUUAUAUAGCACCAAUUCACAAAAAGUGAAAAAAAAAAAAAAAAGUUAUCUCAUGACACUUUCCAGUUAGAGCAGGUCCAGACCAAACUCUUUAAUUAAAUUAUAAUACAGAGAGCUCAACAUUCCCCAUACAAAAAAUACAUCUGAAUGCUGUAGUAAAGUUUGCACUAUUUUCUAGCUCUUCUCGUAGAGAAAACCCCACCCUGCUUCUCAACAUCCGAGCAAGAUUUAUGACUGCAGACUUGGUAGCCAAGUCCAACCCUGAUUCCGUUAAGGCCGAGACGCCGAGUAAACCGCAAACAAAUCCAAAUGUGAUCAUUUGCUAAUCCCUUUUGAUAUAUAUUCACCUGAAAACAAUAGAAAGACAACAUAUUUAAUGUUUUAUCUCAUUGACUUUGUUUUUUUUUUUUGUAAAUAUACACUUUAGCACAUUUCAAACCAGCUGGUACAUAAGCCACGAAACGCUGGAAAAGCUUGUGGAAAGCUCGAAAAGACCAGUUUGGAACCAGUGUGGUUCCACAGGUGAACGGGUUGAUUGGUAACAGGUGGUAGGAUUACAGCUGGAUAUCAAAGUGGCAUCCUGGAAAGCCUCAGUCGUUCACACAGCUGAGGUUCAGCAGGAUUGUAUAAAGGAUAUCAUUGCGUGGGCUCAGGGACGCUUUGUAAAACUCGAGGCACUUGAUGUGAAAGUGUUUUUCUGACUUAAUAAUGAGCCUUUAGAUCUGUGGUGCACUUUUAGCGAUCAUUAAAAUGAAAGAACUGCAAACCCUCUGUAAAAUACGUCUGAACAGAAAGUGGUAACAAAAUGUCAGCAUGUAGUUAGGGAGGCUUAACGUUAAAAACUCCUCACGAUGCCGUCGUGUCAGGUUUACGACUUGUAAUCAUCAGCUCAGGGUCUCGGCUAAUCGGCAGAGAGACAAAACAGCGACUCACACGGGGAAGCAAGAACAGACAAAACUAAAGAGGGCGGACAGAAGCCGGUCAUUUUACUGCACACACAAGCCAUAACAGAAAGCAGGAGCUCACUGAGGGGCGGGAGAUCAGAGAGAAGCAGGAAGAGAGGGCGAACCCGAGGAAGCCCGGGAAACAAAACCUUUAGCCUCUGUGUUUACGAUGCAUGUCAAACAAACGACAAUGACCUAAAAACCUAAACAUUUUUUUGGUGGUGAAAAUGAUAUGAGGUGUCUUUAAAAAAAAAAAAAUAUAUAGAUCUGUAUGAUAAACCUACAGGGGGUGGGAGCCUGGGGAUCAAUUUGUAAAAUGUGUGUAUUUUUUUCAGUUGUAUUUUUUAUUUUUUACGAUAUCUAUUUAUUUUCUUUAGGUAUGUAUUGGAUAAAUGUACGUACAAGUUCCGUUCCUUCUCGACUUCAUUUGAACUAGUUUUAAAAGUAAAUAUAAAACAUUGAAAAUGGUCAUUCAAAUACGCUACUGUAUGUGUACAUUUUGAGAACAAAUUGUGCAAUGAUUUAACAGAUUUCCAUGAUUAAAGUGAUAGUAAUACAAAUUGAAAAUAUCAUCUGGAAAAUAAACAAUAUUGAUGAUGAUGAUGAUGAUGAAAAUGGUGAUGUAAAAGAAAAAAAAUAAAGCGAUCCAAGUGGGUCUGCUGAUCAUCGCAAA